GUUGAGUUUGGGUCCAUAGCUUUUGAGGGUGUUUUAAAGAUAAACGUAAAUAUGAUGGAAGGAAGUGGGGACUGAAGUGAAGUGAGAAGUGAUCGGUUACCACUGAGGAGGAGCAGCGGCACAUAAGUGUGGAUUAUUGAAAGGGGAUCUUGAUUUGAAUGUGGAAGAAGUUGGAGUUGUGAUUAGAUUAGGGUUUACAGAGAGAGAGAGAGAGAGGAAGGAAUGGAUGAAUCGUUCCUUGUAAUGCUAUUGAAUUUCCUACACCUACACAACUCCCUCGACCCCACAACCUCCCUCCUCUCCGACGCAUUCUCAACAACAGCCACCGCAUCCCCCUCCUCCGCCACCUCCCCAACCUCCCUCCUCUACUCCUCCUCCGUCGCCCCACUCCUCUUCUUCACAAUCGCCUCCGUCCUCUCCUACGUAGCAUCCACCCGCCCCUCUUCCUCAUCAUCAACCAACACCACCACCCCUCCGCCUCACCCCAACGCCUCCGACUACUCCGUCUCGGCCUUCCGCGCCCUCUCCACGGAACACAUAUGGUCCCUCGAAGCACCCCUACGGGACGCCCACUGGCGAUCCCUCUACGGCCUCUCCUACCCAGUCUUCACAACCGUCGUCGACAAACUCAAACCCCACAUCGCCCUGUCCAACCUCUCCCUCCCCUCCGACUACGCCGUCGCCAUGGUCCUCUCUCGCCUCGCCCACGGCCUCUCCGCCAAAACCAUCGCCUCUCGCUACUCCCUCGACCCUUACCUCGUCUCCAAAAUCACUAACAUGGUCACGCGCCUACUCGCCACCAAACUCUACCCCGAAUUCAUCAAAAUCCCCGUGGGUCGCCGCCGCCUCGUCGAAACCACCCAAGCCUUCGAAGAACUCACCUCUCUCCCCAACAUGUGCGGCGCCAUCGACGCCACCCCCGUCAAGCUCCGUUCCACUCCUAACCCUAACCCUAACACCUACCGUUGCCGCUACGGCUACCCCUCCGUCCUCCUCCAGGUCGUUUCCGACCACAAGAAGAUCUUCUGGGACGUCUGCGUGAAGGCUCCCGGCGGCACCGACGACGCUACUCAUUUCAGGGACAGUCUCCUCUACCACCGCCUCACUUCCGGCGACGUGGUUUGGGAUAAGGUUAUCAACGUUCGGAGCCACCCUGUUCGGCCUUACGUGGUUGGGGACUGGUGUUUCCCUCUGUUGCCGUUUUUGCUGACGCCGUUUUCUCCCAGUGGGAUGGGCACGCCCGCGCAGAACCUGUUCGAUGGAAUGCUUAUGAAGGGAAGGUCGGUGGUGGUGGAAGCCAUUUCGUUGCUGAAAGGAAGGUGGAAAAUCCUUCAGAAUCUGAACGUGGGGAUCCAUCACGCCCCCCAAACCAUCGUGGCUUGUUGUGUUUUGCAUAAUCUGUGUCAGAUUGCGAGGGAACCCGAACCCGAGCUUUGGAAGGAGCCUGAUGAGAGUGGACCUCAACCCAGAGUGCUGGACACCGAGAAAUCUUUUUAUUACUUUGGAGAAAGCUUGAGGCAAGCCCUCGCUGAUGAUUUACACCAAAAGCUUUCUUCCAGAUAGUACUUUCUUAAUUCCUUUGCUAUACUGGAAAGGGUUGGUGAAACUGACACAACCACCUCGUAUUGUAGACUCUGUUUUAUCAGGAUAAUAUUAGUUUUCAAUAAUUUCUUAGCUUCUAACAUUGUAUUUACAUGAAAUGUUUCGGACUAGUUUUACUCUUUCUGAUGCCUGUUCUUUAAUGUUCUCGAAGGUAGGUUAUGAGUUAACAAGUACUUACUGUUCUCGUGUUAUUGUGAAUGGAAAAUCUGCAGCCCCUUUAGUAGCAGCAUUACAAUUCAAUUGACUACUGCUUCAAUGUUCUGUUAAAAGCAUCGCUGCAUAUUUCACAACAUUUGAAAAGGAUUAGACAAUUUUUUAAUCUAAACUUAGGAGUUGUGUAGUUUGCUUUUUGAUAUGCAGCAUCUGAGAUGAAAUCUAUUAGCAGCUUAACAAAAUUAUGGACUGCUGCCUCAAUGUUUACACGUUCCAAUGUAAUAUUCAUCUGAUGCUCGCUUCAGUCUGGCUCCAUAUAGCCAUUGGUUAGGAAUAUUAGCGGCAUUUGUUGGCUGUGCAAACUAUAUAAGUUUUGAGGUGUUUUGGUUUUCAUAUGUAUUUUUUUCAUCAAUAAGAUACCAUUCU